CUAAGAAAGAUGGUUGUGGUUGAGAACUCCGCAAAACUGCUUUCGAAUUCGUGUUUUGAAAGCACUAAAGUUAUCUCAUUACCUCCUUGUUCGUAUCGGAAAGUCUGGAGUUCAGUCGAGUUCAGAUAUUUCCUCGAGCUUGUUGACAACUUCCUUAUAUCCAUACACAACUGCACUUACUCUUGGGUCGACGGGAUUUACUACCGUUGUCAGAUAGCCAGCCUUUCCACGUCAAUAUUCAUAUAAAGGCAACACUCGAACAGUAAACGGCAGAUAUAUUGGACUUGUACGUAUUGAUCAUGCUUCAUCUCGCAGGCCAUCACAGCUGAUAACUCUACAGGGUAGCCCAUACAAACAUUCAAUAUGAUACCAGAAAAUCCCCUGCCAUUCAAUGGCAACUUCUCCUCGCCAGAGGAAUAUAUCGAUGAGCUUCUUAAAUUCGUGCGAACGUCUGAGACUUUUCAGAUUCUCUGCGGCGGGGUCCAUAUCCUCGACUUUUUCACCAUCGAGCCUGGUCUCUUUCAUUAUGCCAUUCCCAAAGAAUGGCACGCAUUCAUCCUCUCAAGGAGUCUCAUGGAGUUUCUUGACCUUCUCAUGCGGGAUGAUUUAGACAAUCUAAAGCUGGAAGGAGAACAGCCGCCAGCGAGCCUCAUAGAUUACAUUCGAACAGUCCGUAGUCUUUCUCUUGGCCGAUCAUUUACGCCCCCUUCAGAGAAAUUGCCGGUUCUGCCACGGUCGGUAGCUGUGGGCAUGAACGUCAAAAAGACUCACGAAGUCACCAACUUCGCGGACUACCUGGCCCGACUAUCAGAAGACAUCAGUUCACAGUGCGGCUAUGAGAUAUCUCACUACGUGGACUUCGGUAGCGGCCAAAACUAUCUGGGCCGGGCCAUGGCAAGCGAGCCUUAUAACAGGCAUGUUGUAGCUGUCGAGGGACGAGAGAACAACGUCACGGCAGCGAGAGGUCUAGACGUGUCUUCUGGAUUAGCCGUUAAGCCAAAGGUCAUGAGGAACAAGAAGCUAUGGACGAAGAUUUUAGAAGCGCGGGGGCCUGAUGGCCAAGAGGACCCAGAGGCCUUGGCCAAGGCUAUUCGCGAGGUUGCAGGAGAUGAAGCUUUUGAGUUUAGACCUGUCAAAGAACUCGAAGCCGAAUAUACCGUGGAAAAAGGUAAGGGGUCUGUUCAGUACAUCUCAGGUCGACUGGAAACUGGCGACCUGGCCGACGUCAUUGCCCAAAUCAACCCUGGGAGUCAAACUGAAGACGAGAAGAAGGACCUAAGCCUGAUGGCUAUGUCAAUCCAUUCUUGCGGAAAUCUGUCACACUUUGGAAUCCGCUCUCUGGUCCUCAACCCGGACAUUCGAGCCGUGGCCAUCGUUGGGUGUUGUUACAACCUGAUGACCGAGAAACUCGGUCCUCCAACAUACAAGCACGCUUUCUUGAGGCCGACUCUCCAAGCUGUCAACGGUCGGCUCGUUCGGGAAUCAGAAAAGCAUGACCCACAGGGAUUCCCGAUGAGCCAGAAGUUUUCUGCAUAUCAGGGAGAUGGCGUGCGAUUGAACAUCACAGCCCGCAUGAUGGCUUGCCAAGCACCGCAGAAUUGGACCGAGAAGGAGAGUGCUGGAUUCUUCUCUCGACAUUUCUACCGAGCAGUCUUGCAAAAGAUGUUCCUUGAUCGAGGCGUGGUGAAGAAAGUGCGGCAUACAGGUAGCCAAGGAGAAUCACAGGCGGAUACUGCAGCCUCAACCCAGGAUGACAGUGAGAGCCCCUUCGACAUCAGCACCAAUCCAGUCAUCAUUGGAUCACUCAGGAAAAGUUGCUAUGGGUCGUUCAAGUCCUAUGUCCGCGGCGCGGUGGAGAAGCUCACGACAAACAACGAGUACAAACAGUAUGCAGACGUGAUGCAGGAGAAAAUGGGCGACAUCUCAGACGAGGAGAUCGAGAGGUACGAGGCAUUGUAUAUGCCUCGGAAAAAGGAGCUAUGUGCUGUCUGGAGCCUCAUGGCAUUCAGCGCGAUGGCAGUCGAAUCCCUUAUUGUAUCAGACCGGUGGACAUUUCUGAAAGAACACGACGAUCUCGUCCGUCACGCGUGGGUCGAGACGGUGUUUGACUAUGAACAAAGUCCGAGAAACCUGGUUGUUGUUGGAGUUAAGCGAUGAUUAAACUUUUGGCUAGGUCGUAAUCGGAAUGAAAUGAGUUGUCUCAAAUGAUGAUACCCGAUCCUAACCGCAUCUCUGGACGAGGCCCUCUCUACUACGUACAGGUGUGUCCAUGAUGAGGAGAGAUGCAAUCGGCUCCUUGUUGCUAGGUAACGAAAAGAAUAUGUUUGUGUGAGAGGAACUGGGUUUGGUGAUUCGUCGGUUGUGGUUAUUGGUGGUGCUAGGCAAUAUCGGGGCGUGGCUGGCUCUCCUAAAUGAGCGAUGUCAUGCAUGAACCCCCUCCGCUUUCUCUCGACACUUCAGGAGUGACAUUCUCAAGCGGACGACAGGACAGGAAGUUCUCACGUCGAUCAGCGGCACAGAACAAUAGGAAAUAUAUUUACCCGAACACGGUGUUGCUUAGGUAUUCGAUACAUGCUCAUCAGAUUGUAGUUCUGGUUCGCAACCUAAGAUACUACCAAGUAGUAGUUAUCAGACGUGCCUCUCUCGAAUCGUAUUACGAUAUGAUGAGUUGUAAGCCUCUACCCCGGAACCCUUUAUCUCGUAGCCCACUUGGCGUUCCGUCCCACAAACAACAGGACAGCUGCCCCUCUUUGCUGAUAGGCAUUAAUGAAGCAGCAUCCAUUUUCGAGGGCGUGCUGUCUAUAGGCCUAGCUGCGCUAACGGCUCAAUUUGAUCAUGGGCUGCCUCGUAUGGCACAUUGGUCGGCAUCUGGUGUCGCAAUCAACUUGUCAACUUCGUCAUGGUGCCCUUCAGUCAGAAGUUGACAGCGCGACAUGCACUGCGUCACUCUUAAUGCAAGGCAAAUAGGCAGGACGAUGCAAUGCAAAGCAAAAGCAUGCCUACCAGCAAGCAGGAGGCCACGCAGUGAAUCACGGGUCCGGUCAAUGGUGCCAUUUCUGAGCCACUGACAAGCGUGAUAGAGAAGUCAAGUUUAGACACGGCUCCUUCAAAAAAGAGCUUUGGACGUAUUGCGCCCGCUGCAACGCCGGCUUUCGUGGGGUAAUCACAUCACCCUACAUGGACAGUUGCACAUUGAUAAUGGAAUGAGAUUUUCGAGAAACUGUGUUGUGGUAUAGUGUCAGAAUAUACCGAGGUGAGUAGUUCAAAGACAGCCGUAUUUAGACGCGUGCAGCGGAUGAGAGUCAUGCAAUGUGACGGCGACGGACCUGCUUAGAGGCAUCAUGUCACUCUUGUUCGUUGGUGCUGAAAGCACGGCAGCGGCUGGAGGCCCAGGGACAGUUGACACCUGGAGAGGCACAUUCGUGUGCUGUACAGAGGUGCAGGCUUCUAUGUAUGUAUGUAUG